CUUGGGGAUACUUCUGGCACCUGUAUCAGUUGCAUUUUUAGUCAUGUGCUUCCUGUAUUUCAGGAUGAAAGCUAACAAGUCCAAAUCUGGAGAUGACACAACUGGCGAGAAUGAACCACUUCUGCCUACAGAAACAUGGCAGCCAACGGCUCUAUCAGAAGCAUCCAAGCAUUAUGAGAAUGUUCAACUGAUGGACACAGGAAAUAAGCUAAUACAAAUCGACGGUUCUAUCCUGAGAGAAGAUAUUCGUGAGCUUCCAGAUGGAGACAGAGUCACCUGCCUCACUGCAGUCAGAGGAUCACCUGGCUUCUCUUCUGGACGAUACUACUGGGAGGUUUGCUUAGAAAAUGCAACAGCCGACCUCCUCAAGAAGUCCUGGUGGAUCGGAGUUACAGAUAAACAUAAAAUCCCUCAUGAUGAAAGUUUAUCUCCAACCACAAAAAAUGGUUUCUGGUUCUUGUCUUCUUGCCCCAACCAGGAGGAUACUCUUCAGUUUAGCACUGAACCAGAGACAUUUAUUUAUGUUCAGUCAAAACCAAAAACAGUUGGUGUGUAUUUGGACUUUGAUAACAGAAAGCUCUCCUUCUAUAAUGUGGAAGAGAAAUGUCUGAUUGGAUCUCUGGCAGCAAAAUUCACAGGUGAACUGUUCCCACUUUUUAACCCUGGGAAAGGUGACCUUGGAAAAAUGGAGAUAUUACAGAGAUCUGUGCAGGAUCAGUAAAAUAACACUUAACCUGUGGAUAAACUACAGAAGGAAGAGCAGGAGGA